GGCCCCUCUCACGGUGCCAAGAUGGCGGCGGCGGCGGGCGGCGGUAGUUGCCCCGGGCCUGGCUCCGCGCGAGGCCGCUUCCCAGGCCGGCCGCGAGGCUCCGGCGGGGGCGGGGGCCGCGGCGGACGGGGCAGCGGGGCCGAGAGAGUGCGGGUAGCUCUGCGGCGCGGCGGCAGCGCGGCGGGGCCGGGUGGAGCCGAGCCCGGGGAGGACACGGCCCUGCUCCGUUUGCUGGGGCUCCGCCGGGGCCUGCGCCGUCUCCGCCGCCUGUGGGCCGGCCCGCGCGUUCAGCGGGGCCGGGGCCGGGGCCGGGGCCGGGGCUGGGGCCCCUGCCGGGGCUCCGUGCCACAGGAAGAGAGCAGUGACGGGGAAUCCGACGAUGAGGAGUUUCAGGGUUUUCAUUCAGAUGAAGAUGUGGCCCCCAGUUCCCUGCGCUCUGCGCUCCGAUCCCAGCGAGGUCGAGCCCCCCGAGGUCGGGGCCGCAAGCAUAAGACGACCCCCAUUCCACCUCCUCGCCUAGCAGAUGUGGCUCCUACCCCCUCAAAGACUCCUGCCCGGAAACGGGGUGAGGAGGGCACAGAACGGAUGGUGCAGGCACUAACAGAACUUCUCCGGCGGGCCCAGGCACCCCCAGCCCCCCGGAGCCGAGCAUGUGAACCCUCUACCCCCCGUCGGUCUCGGGGACGGCCCCCGGGAAGGCCAGCAGGCCCCUGCAGGAAGAAGCAACAAGCAAUAGUGGUGGCAGAAGCAGCUGUGACAAUCCCCAAAUCCGAGCCCCCACCUCCUGUGGUUCCAGUAAAACAUCGAACUGGCAGCUGGAAGUGCAAGGAGGGGCCUGGCCCAGGACCUGGGACUCCCAAGCGUGGAGGACAGUCUGGGCGAGGAGGCCGUGGAGGCAGAGGCCGAGGCCGCGGCGGUCUUCCCAUCAUGAUCAAGUUUGUUUCAAAGGCCAAAAGAGUGAAGAUGGAACAGUUGUCCUUGGGAUUUGAAUCAGGUCAGGGUCAAGAGCAACAUGAGGAAAGCUGGCAGGAUGCUUCCCAAGGAAGAGUUGGAUCUGGACAGGGAGAGGGCCCCUGCUGGAGGAAGGAACAGAAGCUGGAGGAAGAGGGAGAGGAGGAAGAGGAAGAAGAGAAAGACAAGGAGGAGGAGGAUGAAGAGAAGCAAGAGAAAGCUGUAGCCAAGGAAGAGACAAUGCUAGCUGAGGAAAAGCAAGAGACAAAGCUGCCAUCCCCACCCCUGACUCCUCCAGGCCCUCCACCCCCUCUGACCCCUUCACCUCCCCCACCCCCCUCAACAUCUCCUCCACCCCCACUCUGCCCUCCACCACCUCCAGUGUCCCCUCUGCCCCUACCAUCUCCUCCACCCCCUCCUGCUCCAGAGGAGCAGGAAGAAUCCCUUCCUCCCGUGGUCCCAGCUACAUGCUCCAGGAAGAGGGGCCGGCCUCCCCUGACUCCCAGCCAGCGGGCAGAGCGGGAAGCUGCUCGGGCAGUGCCAGAGGGCACCUCUCCUCCCACUCCAACCCCCAGCACCACCAUGGGUGGUCCUCUGGAAGACAGCCCCACUAUGGUCCCCAAAAGCACCACCUUUCUGAAGAAUAUCCGGCAGUUUAUUAUGCCUGUGGUGAGUGCCCGCUCCUCCCGUGUCAUCAAGACCCCCCGGCGAUUUAUGGAUGAAGACACCCCCAAGCCCCCAAAGGUAGAGGUCUCACCUAUUCUGCGGCCUCCUGUUGCCACCUCCCCACUUGCUCCUCAGGAACCAGCACCAGCCCCUUCUCCGCCACGUGCCCCAACCCCUCCUUCUACCCCAAUUCCACUCCCUGAGAAGAGACGAUCUAUCCUAAGGGAACCCACGUUUCGCUGGACCUCACUGACACGGGAACUGCCCCCUCCUCCGCCUGCCCCUCCGCCAGCCCCACCCCCACCCCCUAUCCCUGUCACUCCAUCCCGGAGGCCUCUGCUCCUUCGGGCCCCACAGUUUACCCCAAGUGAGGCCCACCUGAAGAUCUACGAAUCGGUGCUUACUACUCCUCCUCUCGGGGCUCCUGAAGCCCCUGAGCCAGAGCCGCCUCCCACCGAUGACUCUCCAGCUGAGCCUGAGCCACGGGCAGCAGGCCGCACCAACCACCUCAGCCUGCCUCGAUUUGCCCCCGUGGUCGUCACUCCUGUUAAGGCUGAGGUGCCCCCUCCUGGGGCCCCAGCCCCAAACAGUGGGCAGCAGCAGCCUCAGGCUCAGCUUCAGCAGCCCCUGCAAGCCUUACACACCCAGCCGCUACCCCAGGCACUGCCGCCACAGCAGCCACAGUCGCCACCCCAGGAAAGGGCCCGGAUCACAAGCCUGGGCUCCUUGCCACUGUCUGGUGUGGAAGAGAAGAUGUUCAGCCUUCUCAAGAGAGCCAAGGUGCAGCUGUUCAAGAUUGACCAGCAGCAGCAGCAGAAGGUGGCGUCCACCAUGCCGCCCAGCCCUGGGGGGCAAAUGGAGGAGGUCGUGGGGGCUGUCAAGCAGAUCCCAGAUAGAGGUUCUGUCAGGUCUGAAGAUGAGUCGAUGGAAACGAAGAGAGAGAGACCGUCGGGCCCCGAGUCCCCUGUGCAAGGCCCCCGCAUCAAACAUGUCUGCCGCCAUGCUGCUGUGGCCCUGGGUCAGGCCCGAGCCAUGGUGCCUGAAGAUGUCCCCCGCCUCAGUGCUCUCCCGCUUCGGGAUCGGCAGGAUCUCGCCACGGAGGAUACGUCAUCAGCAUCUGAGACUGAGAGUGUCCCGUCACAGUCCCAGCAGGGAAAGGUGGAGUCCUCAGGGCCUGGGGGAGACUCAGAGCCUGCUGGGUCUGGAGGGUCCCUGGCACAUACACCCCGGCGCUCCAUGCCUUCCCAUCAUGGCAAGAAGAUGCGGAUGGCACGGUGUGGACACUGUCGGGGCUGCCUGCGUGUGCAGGACUGUGGGUCCUGUGUCAACUGUCUGGACAAGCCCAAGUUUGGGGGCCCCAACACCAAGAAGCAGUGCUGUGUAUACCGGAAGUGCGACAAGAUAGAGGCUCGGAAGAUGGAACGGCUGGCUAAAAAAGGCCGGACGAUAGUGAAGACGCUGUUGCCCUGGGAUUCCGAUGAAUCUCCUGAGGCCUCCCCUGGUCCUCCAGGCCCACGCCGGGGGGCGGGAGCUGGGGGGCCCCGGGAGGAGGUGGUGGCCUCCCCAGGGACCGAGGAGCAGGACUCCCUCCUGCAGCGCAAGUCAGCCCGGCGCUGCGUCAAACAGCGACCCUCCUAUGAUAUCUUCGAGGACUCGGAUGACUCAGAGCCUGGGGGUCCUCCUGCUCCCCGGCGUCGGAACCCCCGAGAGAAUGAGCUGCCAAUGCUAGAACCUGAGGAGCAGAGCCGGCCCCGCAAACCCACCCUGCAGCCUGUGUUGCAGCUCAAGGCCCGAAGGCGCCCAGACAAGGAUGCUUUGGCCCCUGGUCCCUAUGCUUCUUUUCCCAAUGGCUGGACUGGAAAACAGAAGUCCCCCGAUGGUGUGCACCGGGUCCGUGUGGAUUUUAAGGAGGAUUGUGAUCUGGAGAACGUGUGGCUGAUGGGUGGCCUGAGUGUGCUCACCUCUGUGCCAGGCGGGCCGCCGAUGGUGUGCUUACUGUGUGCCAGCAAAGGCCUGCAUGAGCUGGUGUUCUGCCAAGUCUGCUGUGACCCUUUCCACCCAUUCUGCCUGGAAGAGGCUGAGCGGCCCCUGCCCCAACAUCAUGACACCUGGUGCUGCCGCCGUUGCAAGUUCUGCCAUGUCUGUGGGCGCAAGGGCCGGGGAUCUAAGCACCUCCUGGAGUGUGAGCGCUGCCGCCAUGCUUAUCACCCAGCCUGCCUGGGGCCCAGCUACCCAACCCGGGCCACACGCAAACGGCGCCACUGGAUCUGCUCAGCCUGCGUGCGCUGUAAAAGCUGUGGGGCGACUCCAGGCAAGAACUGGGACGUCGAGUGGUCUGGAGAUUACAGCCUCUGCCCCAGGUGCACCCAGCUCUAUGAGAAAGGAAACUACUGCCCAAUCUGCACACGCUGCUACGAAGAUAACGACUAUGAGAGCAAGAUGAUGCAGUGCGCACAGUGUGACCACUGGGUGCAUGCCAAGUGCGAGGGACUCUCAGAUGAAGAUUAUGAGAUCCUUUCAGGGCUACCAGACUCGGUGCUGUACACCUGUGGACCGUGUGCUGGGGCCACGCACCCCCGCUGGCGAGAGGCCCUGAGUGGAGCCCUGCAGGAGGGGCUGCGCCGGGUGCUCCAGGGCCUGCUGAGCUCCAAGGUGGCAGGCCCACUGCUGCUGUGCACCCAGUGUGGGCAGGAUGGAAAGCAGCUGCACCCAGGGCCCUGUGAUCUGCAAGUUGUGAGUCAGCGCUUCGAGGAAGGCCACUACAAGUCAGUGCACAGCUUCAUGGAGGACGUGGUGGGCAUCCUGAUGAGGCACUCGGAAGGAGAGACCCCAGAGCGCCGGGCUGGAGGCCAGAUGAAGGGGCUCCUACUGAAGCUGCUAGAGUCUGCGUUCGGCUGGUUCGACGCCCACGACCCCAAGUACUGGCGACGGAGUACCCGGCUGCCAAAACAUGUCAGAUGCUGGCCCUGCCUGUCCACAGCGGAGUCCUUCCCAAUGCCGUGUUGCCCCCAUCCUUGGACCAUGUCUACGCUCAGUGGAGGCAGCAGGAACCAGAGACCCCAGAAUCAGGGCAGCCUCCAGGGGACCCUUCAGCAGCUCUCCAGGGCAAGGAUCCAGCUGCUUUCUCACACCUGGAGGACCCCCGUCAGUGUGCACUUUGCCUCAAAUAUGGGGAUGCAGACUCUAAGGAGGCAGGGCGGCUCCUGUACAUCGGGCAGAAUGAAUGGACACACGUCAACUGUGCCAUUUGGUCAGCUGAAGUGUUUGAAGAAAAUGAUGGCUCCCUCAAGAAUGUGCACGCUGCUGUGGCUCGAGGGAGACAGAUGCCUCUUCCACCCGCAGCGCUGUGAGCUCUGCCUGAAGCCUGGAGCCACGGUGGGCUGCUGCCUCUCCUCCUGCCUCAGCAACUUCCACUUCAUGUGCGCCCGGGCCAGCUACUGCAUCUUCCAGGAUGACAAGAAAGUGUUCUGCCAGAAACACACAGACCUGCUGGACGGCAAGCAGCGCCAUUUGCCACCCAUCCCCCAGGAGAUCGUGACCCCGGAUGGGUUUGAUGUUCUCCGACGAGUCUAUGUGGACUUCGAAGGCAUCAACUUCAAGCGCAAGUUCUUGACAGGGCUCGAACCUGAUGCCAUCAAUGUGCUUAUCGGCUCCAUCCGAAUUGACUCCUUGGGUACCCUGUCUGAUCUCUCAGACUGUGAGGGACGGCUCUUCCCCAUUGGCUACCAAUGCUCCCGUCUCUACUGGAGCACGGUGGAUGCUCGGCGACGCUGCUGGUAUCGGUGCCGAAUUCUGGAGUAUCGGCCAUGGGGGCCAAGGGAAGCGCCGGUUCACCUGGAGGCAGCAGAAGAGAACCAGACCAUUGUGCACAGCCCCGCCCCUUCCUCAGUGCCCCCAGAUCAUGUGGACCCCCUACCAGAUACUGAUGCCCUUAUCCCUGGAGCUCCUGAGCACCACUCACCCAUUCAGAACCUGGACACCCCACUUCGAAUGGAUCCAAGCAGUGCCCCUCCUCCAGUCCCUCGCUCCUUCUUGGGGGCUCGUAUCAAAGUGCCCAACUACUCACCAUCCCGGAGGCCCUUAGGGGGUGUCUCCUUCGGACCUCUCCCCUCCCCUGGAAGUCCAUCUUCUCUGACCCACCACAUCCCUACAGUGGGAGAUCUGGACUUCCCAGCUCCCCCAAGACGCUCGCGUCGUCCCAGCCCUCUGGCCCCCAGGCUGCCACCAUCACGGCGGGCCUCUUCCCCUCUCAGAACCUCCCCUCAGCUCAGGGUGCCCCCUCCUACCUCAGUCGUUAGAGCCCUCACACCUACCUCAGGGGAGCUGGCUCCCCCUGGCCUGGCCCCGUCUCCUCCGCCACCCCCUGAAGAUUUGGGCCCAGACUUUGAGGACAUGGAGGUGGUGUCAGGACUGAGUGCUGCUGACCUGGACUUUGCGGCCAGCCUGCUGGGGACUGAGCCCUUCCAGGAAGAGAUUGUGGCUGCAGGGGCAGUGGGGAGCAGCCGCGGGGGCCCAGGAGACAGCUCUGAGGAGGAGGCCAGCCCCAGCCCCCGCUACAUGCACUUCCCUGUGACUGUGGUGUCUGGCCCUGCCCUGGCCCCCAGCGCCCUUCCUGGAGCCCCCCGCAUUGAACAGCUGGACGGAGUGGAUGAUGGCACAGACAGCGAGGCUGAGGCAGUCCAGCAGCCUCGGGGCCAGGGGACUCCUCCGUCAGGACCAGGAGUGGGCCGGGCUGGGGUCAUUGGGUCUGUAGGGGACAGGGCCCGACCUCCUGAGGACUUGCCAUCAGAAAUUGUGGAUUUUGUGUUGAAGAACCUAGGGGGAUCUGGGGAUGGGGGUGCUGGGCCCAGAGAGGAGCCACUCCCUCCAGCACCUCCCCUGGCCAAUGGCAACCAGCCCCACCAGGGCUUGCCCCCUAACCCAGCUGACCCUACCCGGACGUUUGCCUGGCUCCCUGGGGCCCCAGGAGUCCGGGUGUUGAGCCUGGGUCCUGCCCCUGAGCCCCCCAAACCUGCCACAUCCAAAAUCAUCCUUGUCAACAAAUUGGGGCAAGUGUUUGUGAAGAUGGCUGGAGAGGGUGAACCUGUCUCCCCCCCAGUGAAGCAGCCACCUCUGCCCCCUCCCAUCCCCCCAGCAGCCCCUGCUUCCUGGACUCUGCCCCCAGGACCGCUGCUGGGUGUACUGCCGGUGGUAGGGGUGGUCCGCCCUGCCCCCCCACCUGUUCCCCCUCCACUGACACUGGUAUUGAGCAGUGGGCCCCCCAGCCCGCCCCAUCAAGCCAUCCGCGUCAAGAGGGUGUCCACCUUCUCUGGCCGUUCCCCACCAGCGCCUCCCCCAAGCAAGACCCCCCGGCUGGAGGCAGACAGAGAGUCCUUGGAGGAUGCCUCUCAGGGGCUGGGGCUUAGUGGCAGCGGGUGUAGCCGAGUGAGGAUGAAAACCCCCACGGUGCGUGGAGUUCUCGACCUGGAUGAUCCUGGGGAGCCCACUGGGGAGGAAAGCCCAAGGCCCCUCCAGGACCGGUCCCCUCUGCUGUCAUUUCCAGAAAGUGAUCCUCCCCGAGCCCCUGAUGGUCCCCCUGACCUGCUGCUUGAGUCCCAGUGGCACCAUUACUCAGCUGCUGAGCAUGGAAGUGGAAUGAGGUAGACAGACUGUUUAACCGAAAAGUCUACUGAUGGGGCUCAGAGACGGCAUGAGGAAAAGGCAAUGACCAUGACAGACAGGUCCCUGCCCUCAGGGACCAUUCCACAAUGUAGUCGAGGAAACAGACACACGUUAGCAAGUGCACUGCAGCUGAGCACGAGCCCCAAGAGAAGGAAGGCAGCACGAGCGCCUGGGCGAGGCCCCUGGAACCAGCCUGUUAGCUUCAGGGAGCAGAAUGGAGGUGAGGAUGGGGAGAGGGCUAAGAGGAAGUGGUAGAAGUCAGAGGUGGACCUGGGGGCACUGAAGCCUCGAGAUUAUGUGGGCACAGAGCAAGAGUCAGGUUUGGAGUCUUGCUUGGGGAUGGGAGGGCAUAUGGGCGGGUUGGCCCAGACAAGUGCCAUGGGGAGAAAGCAUGGCCAUGUAAAUCCUGCCCCUCUCCUAAAGCAUGUUCCACUCAAACUUCUCUGUUCGCCCCAACUCCACCCAAACACAGCCUCUCCCCUCUCUUCACCUCUGAGUCAUGCUGCCUCAUUGUCCUGAUCUGUCAACUUACAAUUGUUCCAGGGCCGUGUCCUUGACUUCUCUAUCUACUUACCAGGUGCUCUCAUCUUGCUUCAUGGCUCUAACCCAUCUCUCUAUUCCAAUAGUCAGUUGCUAGCCAGGCUCCUGUAUCCUGCUGCCUGCUCACCAUCUCCACCAGCAAGUUGCAAGGGGGGCUUUUCUGAGAGGAAUCUCAGAUUCAACAUGUCCCAGACUGAGCUCUCCACCUUCACUCCUAACGUGUUCCUCCCCAAUCCUCACCAUCUCAGUCAGUGGCAGUUUUAACCUUCUAGUUGUUCAGGCCCUAAACCUCAGAGGUGUCUUUGAGCCCUCUCAUUCUCUCACAUCUACAUCUACAUCAACAAGUUGUAUCUCCUUUUCUUUAAAAUCUUUAACCCCUGAAAAUCCCUUAAAUAGCUCAUAAUGUGCAUGUACUUGAUUCUGUGUCUAUGGGCCUGUGUAAUAAUGUAUUUGUAAUAUUUACAGAAAUAUGCUACCUAUUAAAAAAAUACACAUGCAAAAUACAACUCCAGUAUUUUCACUUCUCCAUGCGAGACAGAGGAAUGAGGGGUAGAUGAGCAUCUAUGGCAGAGUUGGUUUGAGUGAACCAUAUGUGUAUCCUGCAGAACCACAAUACUUAAAGGUCCUGUGGAACUUCAUCCAGCAAAAUUGUGCUACAGAAAAGGGACCACAGGCCCUUUAAAAAAUACAAUGUCUAUCCUGUAGGAUUCACUGGGCAGUUAGAUCAGGAAGAGGGCCAUCAGACCCGGUAUCUGCUUGUGUCCAGGGAGGAAGAGAGGGUGAUGGGAACAGGGGGCUUUGAGUCCAAGAGGAGUGAUUCUCACCUACACUGACUGGCUCCUUGG